AUGGAUGCUCUUAAUCGUGCCAUAGAGGCUGCGGAGAGAAUGGUGGCGGCCAUGCCGCCGGGCCACUCUGAUCGAGCUGAACUUUUGAACGACCUUGGAAUUUGCCACGCAGCGAAAUUUGAUGUAAGCAGCUCAAUAGAAGACCUGGAUCGCUCCAUUGACGUUGCUGAUGCGGCCAUCGACUCUAUGCCUCAACAAAAUCCUGAUCGACCGCGCUAUAUGGAUAAUCUUGCGGCAGGGCUCAGCAGGCGGUUUAGGUUGAUCGGGUCGAUGGAUGAUCUCAAUUGCGCUAUUGACCUUGUCGAUAAGGCAGUGGAAGCUACACUACCCGGCCACAUUUAUCGAAACCGCUUCUUAGGCAACCUCGCGAUUUGGCUUUGUAAACGAUUCGAGGCGAUCAGUUCGAUGGCUGAUCUGGAUCGUGCUGUCUGGGCUGCCGAUUUAGCUGUGGAGGCGUUAUCGGACGACGCAUCUCAGCGGGCAAACUACUUGAGUAUUCUGGGGAAUUGCCUUGGCAGGCGAUACCAGCAUACGGAUUCUAAAGACGACCUUGACCGUGCGAUAUCAGUGGCUGAGCUAUCGCUGGAGGCCCCAGGCCAAGAUGCUGACCAUCGAGCCGCUUACCUCUCAACUCUCGGACUGUGGCUUGGUGUACGAUCUGGUCGAACCGCCUCAAAGGCGGAUCUUGACCGUGCCGUCGAAGCUACCGAUAUAGCAGUCGAGGCUUUACCACCUGAGCACCCUGAGCGAAUCAUGUGUCUGAUCAACCUUGUUCAGUUUCUCUGUUCGCGAUUUCAACUGACUGGGUCAAUGAGUGAUCUAGAUCGUGCCAUAGAGAUUUCUGAUGCUGGGCUAGAACUCUUGUUACCCAACAGCACUUCUAAAACCGCAUGGCUAAAAAACCUUGCCUCGUGUCUGAGCAACCGGUUUGACAGGGCCGGCUCGAUGGACGACCUCAACCGGGCUAUACAAGUUGCUGAACUGGCUCUGACAGUCACUGCUUGGGAUCACCCCGAGCAGACAGUCUGCCUGGGUAUUCUUGGACUUUGUCUUGGUAAGCGAUUCGAUCGGACAGCCUCGAUGGACGAUCUCAAUCGCGCUAUUGACGUUGAAAGCACGGCAGAAGAAGCUAUUACUGCAGGUCAUCCUUUUAAAACGGAUCAUUGGGAUGCCCUUGGCGUAUGGCUCGAUAGACGAUUUGACAGAGCCAGCUCGAUGGAUGAUCUCAACCACGCCAUAGACUUAGCUGAGAUGGCAGUAGAGGCAACUCCUCUGAACCACAUGGACCGAGCCAGUUAUUUAAACAAUCUUGGAUGCUAUCUCGACAAGCGAUACGAACGAACUGGUUGGAUGGGCGAUCUCAUUCGCUCUCUCUCAUGCUUCAAGGAAGGCUGGAAUUGUCCAGGCACGCCCACGUCUAUCCGCAUUCGCCUGGCUCUCAGUGCCGCUGAAACCUACGCCUCGCAGUCAAACUGGGAAGAGUCAAACCAGCUACUUAAAAAGGCCGUGGAACUGCUCCCGGCUGUCAGUCCGCGGUCAUCAUCGCAUAACGACAAGGAGCACAUGCUCGCAAACUUUGUAGGCCUCGCUUCCACAGCAGCGGCAGUCGCCUGGAACGCAGGCAGGGAUCCCUACCAUGCCCUGAAACUGCUUGAGCUCGGCCGUGGCAUCAUCGCCAAUCUGCUUAUGGACAUGCGAGGUGAUAUCUCUGACCUGAAGCAGAGGCAUGCCGAUUUGGCAGAUGACUAUAUAUCCCUCCGGGACGAGCUCGAUUCGACGGGGGACAAACCAUCUCCUUCAGUUCCAAGCAAUGGCGCGAGUUCCCUGGAAUCGCAAGCCACAAGACGUCGCAAGGCAGACCAGAGAUUCACAGACCUUAUUGCAGAGAUUCGUGCUCGGCCGGGAUUUGACAGUUUCUUUUUUCCGCCAACUGCAGAUGAGAUGAUGGUUGCUGCGAGCUCGGGUCCCAUUGUCGUUGUUAAUCUGAGUUCGUACCACUGUGAUACAUUUCUUGUCCAACUCGAUCACAUUUCAGUGGUAGAACUUCCUGAUCUCACGUUGGAAGAUGCUCAGAGACAAGCCUACGGUGUACAUUGA